GAUGCAAGUGACGUAGUUACGCAGCGCAUGCUUUGUAACCCCAGGCGCCCAUUGAACCAAGGCAAAGCAAAGUUCGUUGAAGAAGCCUGAGCGGAGAUGUAUCGUCCCAAACCGACGCUGCGGGACCGGCAGCACCUGUACCGGCUGAUCAUCAGCCAGUUGCUGUAUGACGGUUACACCAACAUCGCCAACAACCUCAUCACAGAGGUGAAGCCACAGAGCGUCGUGUCGCCCUCUGAGAACCUCAUGCAGCUGGCCAAGAUAGGCAUGGAGAACGAUGACAGCGCGGUGCAGUAUGCCAUCGGGCGGUCUGACACAGUGGCACCAGGCGUUGGCAUCGACCUGGAGUUUGACGCUGACGUCCAGUCCAUGUCCCCCGAGGCGUCUGAGUACGAGACUUGUUACGUGACGUCUCAUAAGGGUCCGUGUCGCGUGGCCACCUAUAGCCGGGACGGGCAGCUCAUUGCUACGGGCUCUGCAGACGCCUCCAUCAAAGUCCUGGACACAGAGCGUAUGCUGGCCAAGAGUGCCAUGCCCAUAGAGGUGAUGAUGAAUGAGACGGCCCAGCAGAACAUGGAGAACCACCCUGUGAUCAGAACACUGUACGACCACGUGGAUGAGGUUACGUGUCUGGCGUUCCACCCCACGGAACAGAUCCUGGCGUCUGGGUCACGUGACUACACCCUCAAACUGUUUGACUACUCCAAGCCCUCUGCCAAGAGAGCCUUCAAACAUGUACAGGAAGCGGAGAUGCUGCGGGCCAUCUCCUUCCACCCGUCAGGAGACUUCCUUUUGGUGGGGACGCAGCACCCGACCCUCCGCCUCUACGACGUUAACACCUUCCAAUGCUUCGUCUCCUGCAACCCUCUAGACCAGCAUACUGACACCAUCAGUGGAGUCAACUACAACCCUAAUGCUAACAGGUAAC